AUUAGGCACGCCAUCGCUCGAUACACAGCGCCGGGCCAUAUGCGUUAAGCCAAAAUGACGUAAGCUCUCCGUGAAUAUGUCAACAGCUCAACCGAAACUUGGCCAGCGUGUACAAGUAACGGGCAAGCACCAACUUUGUGGCCAAGUGGCCUAUGUGGGACGCACCAGUUUCGCGGCGGGUCAGUGGUUUGGCAUUGUGCUGAACGAGCCGCGUGGCAAGAACAAUGGCACCGUGCACGGCAGCACCUACUUUAAAUGUGCGCCCAACUUUGGACUCUUUGUGCGUGCACAGCAAUUGCAGUUGCUGCUAGGAUCGAACCAGGUGGAGCAGCUGAAAAAACAGGACAACAAUCGCACAAAGGACAGCAUGCAGCGCGAUGUAAGCAAAAUGAAGCUGGUCGGCAGGAACAGAAGCAGGCAGGCGACCGACGACCAGAAUAACCAAAGGGCGGCUAAAGCAUCAGCUAAAAAGCCGCCAGAGCAUGCGACAUUUUCAAUGACCACUUCCAAGACUUGGGUGACUUCCACUCAGCUACAACCACAACCGCCACCACAGCCGCAACCGGAAGCACAGGAGCUGGCCAGCCCAUCUGCGAGCUCCCAGCAAGAGUCUACGCAGGACGUGGCACCAACGCAGUGUGAAGCUGCAGCCUUUACACAGAAAAUAACGGAACAAAAGCAGGAGAUAACGUCAAAUAUCGCCACACAAUCAAGUACAAGCAAAAGCCCAAGCCCAUUGCCAUCUCAAGCCGUUGGGCUUGUCAAGUGCAACCAAGCUGGAGCUGACGCACGGUCGUCCAUAUUGACGCCACCAGCUUUGACCUGUAAUCAACGACGCUCCACAUCCUACACACAGCUGCGACCGACGCGCAUCAGUCAGCCGAAGCCGACAACUGCCCAGGCGCAGAGCACCACGGCACAACUAACUCUGGCCAUGCCGGUGCCGCUGGCCUUGGCGCCCAAACGCAGCAAGACGAGCAUGAGCCCGACCAGCAGCCUGAAGCGUGCGGCGGCACCGGCUGCUUUUGUGGAAGCUGGCUUUUUGGAGAUACUGCGUCCACAGUUUACGCCGGGUCCGGCAUUGCGCACGCCCAGCACCGUGGCGCCACCGUUGGACAGCGCGGAGCUGCGGCAACUACGCGAGGAGCUGCAGCUGCUGCGCGUGCAGAAGAGCGAGGACAAGCUGAAGCUGCUGGAGCUGGAGCGUAUCAAGAUACACAACGAACAGCUGCUGGAGUUUAAGGCGCAAAUUAUGACGCAGCAGGUGCUGCUGCAGCGGGAGUUGCAGCGGUGUCGUCACGAGCAGCGCGAGUCCCAGGAGACCGCCGCCAAAUAUAAACGGGAACUGGACAAUGUGGCAGACAGCGUGGAACUUUUAACACUGGACAAGGAAAUGGCCGAAGAGCGUCUGGAGACGUUGCAAAUGGAGCUGGAGAUGGCGCAGGAGCGCAACGAUGAGCUCAGCUUGGAUCUCGAAAUUCUGCGUGCCGAGCAGGAGCAGGGGCACAACGAUGACCAGUGCCUCGAGAAGACUGAGAAGCAGGCGACGAAUACAACGACGUUGCAGACAACCGGCGAGUUUCUGCGCCUGGAGCAGUAUAACAGGCGAUUGCGCGACACGGUGGUUCGACUGCGGGAUACCCUAGCGCAUGAGAAGCAGCUGGCGCAGCGCGCACACAAGGAGCUGGAGACGAAGCUCUCGGAAAUUAAUGAACUGAAGAGCAUCAAGGAAUUGCAGAGUCGGCGCGUGGAUCAAAUGGAAACGCAGCUCAUGGAUCUUAAGGAGCAGGUGGAUGCCUCAUUGGGUGCCGAGUCUAUGGUAACGCAGUUGGCCACGCUCAAACUGGAGCUAGAGGAGCGUGUUAAACUCUUAGAGGACGAGGUCUCUGAACUGGAAGCACUUGAACAAAUCCAGGAGCAGCUUAUUGAAAGCAAUCAGGAACUGGAAUCGGACUUGCGUGAUGAAAUUGACAAGCUAAGCGGCCAGGUUAAGUCGCUAGAGCAGCAGAAGAAUUCCGCCUUGGAAAGUCUCUACGAUCGUGAUGUGACCAUAUUGAAGUUCAGAGACCUGGUGCGUCAGCUCCAGGAGCAGCUGCAGCUCAAAACAGACGGCGGGAAUCUAUCUAUAGAGGAUUUUAGCAGCGCCAAUGAAUCGCAACAGGAGGAGACAUCCCAACAAAGUCUGGCGGACUACCAGCACAUCUUCAGUGUGAGUAAGGCCUAUGGACGCGCACUUGAACAACAGCUUAAGGGCGUGGAGCUGCGUCUCGAACGCCAGCACUUAGAUCAUGUGCUAGCCUUUGUCCCGGAGCAGUUUCUGCUGCGUGGCGGCGAGCACGAUGUGGUGCUGGUCAUGUUGCUGCUGGAGCGCAUGAACGAAAAGCUGGAGAUUGUUUGCCAGGCGAUCAAUGAGAAAUUUCCAAAUGCCUGUGAAUUCGGUCGCGAUGCCAUCUUUGAGGGCUAUUCCGUGCAGCGCUACAUCUUUCGGGCCCAGUGCAUUUAUUUGUUGAAGAGCCUUCAGCUAGUGCUUCAGCAGUUUCGCCAUGGCCUCAAUCACUGUGACUAUGAGCUGUGCACACAUGCGGCCAUUUAUCGCAUGGAUCUGGAGUCGCAGGAGCAGCAGCUGGACGAGUUUGUACGUCUGUUAAAGACAGGUCAACUGGAUGAGCAUACCAAUUGUGAGCCCAUACGCCGUGUGCUCCACUACAUCAAUGGAUUGCAUCAGAAUCUGAUGCCGCCACAGACGCUGGUGGACCUGCUGGACGAGCAGCAGCUUUAUGUGGCACUGAUUGAGGUCUACGAGGCGGGCAUGGAUUCGGUAAACGCGAAUGCGGGCAUGCUGCACACCAUCAUACAGCUGGGCGAUGAGCAGACGGCCUCGUUCCACUGCAUGCAGCUGCUUAUGGAGCACAGCUGUUCAGCCAAGCAGAAGCUCAAGAAGCUGCAGCGCAAGCUGAGCGGAAACAAGACGGCCGCUGCCUGGACGGGCAUGCAAUGUGCGCGCUACCAACGCAUCCUGGAGGCCAACGAGGCGCUGGGCGCUCUCAUCAGCAUGCUGGGCGUGUCGGCGCGCGAGGCCACCAAGGAGUCCAAUGGUGGCAUUGCGCACGAAAAGCUCUGGCGGGUCUUAAGUCUAAACUACAGCAAGUUCGCGCCCGCUCAGGAGACAGAGCAGCGGGAACUGGAUGCGUAUAGUCAGCGUUGCAUGCAGUUGCUCGAGGAGCAGCUGGAGGAGCUUUGCACAUUGCUGGAGCCCAGAGAUGUUAACACGGAAUACGUGCGACAUCCCACCUGCAAUACGUUGCAGCAGCGCGCCGCUCAAAUCAGGCGCCAUUAUGAGGAUGUCAAGAGCUUGGAGCUCGCGGUGGCGGAGCGGGACAAGGAAAUCAAAUCACUUAAAUAUGCGGCCAAGCUGAAGCAACAGGAUUAUUCGGAGCUUCAAGUACGCAAAGAGAUGGCCGAAAAGCAGGUACACCGUUUCAGCCAAGACUAUUGCCAAACCCUUACCCAAAUGGCCGACGGCAUGGAGCAGCUGGAGCAGGCCAUGCUCUCCAAGGAGGCGGCCAUGCAGCACGCCCUUAACGUACUAAACGACAAGCUGACCACUCUGGAGCAGGCCCAGCAGCAUUGGCAGCAGCAGCAGCAGGUGGACAGCGCCUGUGCCACCAGCUCGACCCGCAACUGCAAUCGGGAAAUGAAUCUGAUGCAUCAGGCACUGCGUCAGGAACGCAAAUUACGCGUCCAACUGCAGGGUAAUGAGCUGUGCAAAAACUUUGCCGCCCUGGAGCCGCUGCAUGUGCCGCAGCUGGAGUCGAGCAGCGAGCUGGCCGCCCUGGAAGCCCAACUGCGCCGCUUGAAAAACGAGUGGCUGCUCGCCCAUCUGGACUUGGGUCCUGGCGGUCAUCAGCGUCGCUCGCACAUAAAGCUGGAGGGCAGCCGCCUGUUGCGACAUAUCUUCCAAACAUAUUGCACAGUGAAUCCGCAUCGCGCGGCGCCCACAGAUUUUGGGUUCUUUAUAAGCGACGAUCUGAGGCGCGCGUUUUAGGCCAAGUUAAUAAAGUAUUAGACUCAAGUGUAUUACGGCGAAAACAAAAGUACAUUAAUGUGAUUUGCUGCUUAACCUAUUAACUAUUAUUAUAAAGUUCAUUUUGUUUGUUAAUCGAAAAUAAUUAAAUUUGCAGUAAAUAGCGAAAAUAUUGAAAAAACAUUAACUGCUUAUCCUAUUAAAAAGGGGCCGCUCUCUGGUCAUCCUUAACAUAUUGCUAUAAUUUCUAA